AUAAAUUAAACCUUAGUUUUUGCCGGUAACGACAAUGGUCAUGAUCCAUAUUAACAAAGUUUCGGCAGCGGUGCUGUUUCUAUUGGUUGUGAUCGCUCCUCAGUGGACGAACGCACAGCCACUGCCACCACUCCCGCCAAUGUCGCCACUUCCGCCAAUGUCGCCACUGCCGCUACUACCACCAAUGUCGCCAUUGCCGCCAAUGCCAAAGGUGGAUCCAGUGUGCCUAGUAGCGAUUCCUGAUAUCGUCCAAAUUUGCUACUCAACGCCUAGUGCAGUGCCAUCGGAUCAAUGUUGCAAGAGUCUCAAAUCGGCGAGCACGACACAAGUGACUUGUCUAUGCGACAAUUUGAUCGCACAUCCUGUCUACAGCAACUUGUCCCGACCUUUCUACAACCAAAUCAACAGCGCAUGUGGUGUUCUUGACAAAUACGCCUGCAGUGGUACAAGUGAACGUACCUUUUAUAAUCUUGAGGAGACGGUAACGCAGGAGCAAAGAACAAGAUUGUUGCAUCAAUGGGUCUAUUUGGUUUGGUUACAAGUCUGUUCUUCCUUUUGUUUUAAUUUCAUUAUGUUCAGUACAACUUGGGACUACCAAGCUGACAAUUCGAAACAAAUAAGUUUAUUUGAUUGCUCAUGUAUCCAUGGUUUCUAAAUCAUAUUGGUGUUCUCCGAGUCUGAUUAAUUAUAAUGGUUUAUAUCUUGUUUAAAUGUUUCUGAAAAGGGAUGUUAUACAAGAAAUUUUGUUCACCAUGAC